AUGGCAUCCUCAAUAUCUUCGCCAGAAAUGGCUCAAAUCACAGACCAUGACUUACCAGCAGAAACUCAGCGAACAAUAAGGCGUAUCAAUGCUGCGUACGACUGGACAGGCCCCGACGAUCCAGAUAAUCCAAGAAACUUCUCACUGCUCACCAAAACUCUGAGUAUUGCUUGCAUCACAUCUCUGGCAUGGGCGUCUUGCUUUGCCGGAGCGAUAUAUGCACCCGCUCAAGCAUCUGUCGGUCAAGAAUUUCAUCAAGGACGCUUAGCUUCUGUCAUGCCCCUGUCGUUGUAUAACCUCGGCAUGGCUUGCGGACCACUUGUUGGUGCGCCUCUAUCAGAAACAUAUGGCCGAAAGACAGUCUAUGUUGCUACAACACCAAUAUUCCUUGCAUUUCUUCUUGCGUCGGGCUUUACAAGGGAUAUCGUCAGUUUAUCCAUAUGUCGAUUUUUCGCUGGUAUGUUUGCUUCACCGAAUGUGAACAAUACCUCUGCUACAAUCAUGGAUUACUGCGAGCCAAGAUAUCGCGGUGCGAGUCUGGGAAUCUACUAUUCUAUUCCAUCCCUUGGUGCAGCUGUUGGUCCGCUCAUCGGAGGCUUUGUCGAGAGGCAGCUUGGAUGGCGGUGGACACAGUGGAUUGCUGUGAUAGUCACUUGUGCGCUAUACAUCCCUGUCUUGUUCACGAAAGAGACAUACAAGAAAGUUGUUCUCAAACGAAGAUCCAUCAGGAUGGGCAUGGGAGACAGUUCAUCUCAACAAACAUCUGUCUCUAGAACUAUUCGACACUUUUUUACAGUCCUCAUCCUUCGACCACUCCAUAUGUUGUUUACUGAACCCAUCGUUACCCUGGUCAGUUUAUACAACGGGUUCAUCUUUGGACUUUUGUACACAUUCAUCAUAUCUGUUCCUUGGAUCUUUAGACACUACUACAACUUUAGCAAAACAGGCGAAUCGCUCUCAUAUCUGGGUAUUACUCUUGGUACGCUAUUCGCUUGCGCCCCAUUUGUCUUUAUCGAUUUUUCAUACUAUCAAAAACGUCUCAUCCGAUGGAAUCAAACCCACGACGACCCUUUACCCCCAGAAAACCGUCUCAUCUCGUCCAUGAUCGGAAGUUUUCUCCUUCCCGCCAGUCUCCUUAUAGCAGGUUGGACAGCUGAAUACCAAGUUCAUUGGAUUCUCCCUAUACUCUUUCAGGGACUCACCAUGCUGGCAUGUCUUUUGAUUUACGCUGGUGUUAACCUCUUCAUGUUGGAUGCGUAUGGCCCCUUGUAUGGUGCUUCGGCUUCUGGGGCCAUGAUGUUGAGUCGAUACUCUCUCAGCUUUGCGUUUCCAAUGUUUGCAUUGCAAAUGUUUCAGAAGCUUGGGGCGGGUUGGGCAACAACUCUCUUGGCUGGGUGUACAUUGUUGAUGGCGCCUAUACCGUGGUGCUUUUUUGUAUACGGGGAACGGAUUCGAGCGAGAAGCAGAUAUGAAUCAAGUUUGUAG